UGGGAAGGGGAUUGUCCGUUGAUGACUAGGGUUUACCUCCUGCUCAUACGGAUACCACACAAACUGACAGAGACAAACAUCUAAAGAAAAGUGAAAGUGCAAGAGAGUCAUCCACAAAAUCCUGUUUUUUUUUUCUCCCUUCAUAUAUCUCAGCCAAAGAUAUGUUUCACUUUCACUUUCUCAUCCCCUUCCUUUAUAAUUAAGAAUCGCUAUAGAUAUUUUUGUUCCUACCAGAAGCUGCAAGCACGUGAUAAUUACACACCCAGAGCGCGAAGCCAAUAUGCACAUGGUAGCAGAGCUUUUUGGCAAAGGAUCCUUCUCCUUCAUCCAUAGAGAGACCUUUGGUGGCCUUCUAAUGGCUGCUCCAACCAAUUAUUCUCUUCCGCUUGGACCCAUUUCUCAUAUCAGCUUCCGACCUCCUUUGUCAAUGUGUCGGUGCACCCUCGGUUCAAAGUCCCCCUCCACCGUUGGAGAACAAGUGUUUUCGGUUACUUCGUCCAAUAAAUACGAGUUUGAUUAUUUGGGACAGAGCACCAAAGGGGAUUUGAAUCUCAACUAUGAUCAUCUUGAUUCUAUUGGGAUCAAUCCGCAGAUAACUUUAGAAGGUCCAAUUGAGGAGGUCGCUAGGUUGAAAGCUCAAGAAGCUGAGGACUUGCUUAGAGACUUAGGCAUACUGAGUCCUUUUUCAGCAAGGAAUUCACCUCGUGGUAUAUUUUGUAGCCGUACUUUGAAUCUUCGGUCGAUCAGUGCCAUUGGAUAUGACAUGGACUACACUUUGAUACAUUACAAUGUUAUGGCUUGGGAAGGGCGGGCUUAUGAUUACUGCAUGGAUAAUCUAGAAAACAUGGGUUUCCCGGUUGAUGGACUUGCCUUUGAUCCUGACUUGGUAAUUAGGGGUCUUGUCAUAGACAAAGAGAGAGGCAAUUUGGUUAAAGCAGAUCGAUUUGGUUAUGUAAAGAGAGCUAUGCAUGGCACAAAAAUGCUGUCUACUCAAGCUGUCAGUGAGGUGUAUGGAAGAGAACUGGUAGACCUGCGUAAGGAGAGUCGAUGGGUGUUCUUGAAUACAUUGUUCUCCGUUUCAGAAGCUGUGGCUUACAUGCAGAUGGUCGACCGAUUGGAUGAAGGAGCUAUAGCAGCUGAACUUGGUCCACUUGAUUAUAAAGGACUUUACAAGGCUGUUGGGAAGGCUCUAUUUCGGGCACACGUAGAAGGUCAGCUUAAGAGUGAGAUAAUGUCAAAGCCUGAAUUGUUUGUGGAACCGGAUCCAGAAUUGCCUUUAGCACUUUUAGAUCAAAAGGAGGCUGGUAAAAAGCUUCUGCUUAUUACAAACUCUGAUUAUCAUUACACAGACAAGAUGAUGAAGCAUUCCUUUAACAGAUUCCUCCCAAAUGAUAUGAGCUGGCGCGACCUAUUUGACAUGGUGAUAGUUUCAGCAAGGAAGCCAGAGUUCUUUCAAAUGUCACACCCACUCUAUGAGGUGGUGACAGGUGAGGGUCUGAUGCGCCCAUGUUUCAAAGCUUGUACAGGAGGUUUGUACUCAGGUGGAAGUGCUCAGAUGGUUGAGAACUCCUUAAAUAUACAUGGAGAUGAAAUAUUGUAUGUUGGUGAUCAUAUUUACACUGAUGUCAGUCAGUCAAAAGUCCAUCUACGAUGGCGAACAGCAUUGAUUUGUCGAGAAUUGGAAGAAGAGUACACUGCUUUGAUUCGUAGUCGGGAUCAUCGAGCUGCACUGGUCGAACUUAUUAAUCAAAAGGAGGUUGUAGGGGAUCUUUUUAACCAACUUCGGCUUGCUCUGCAAAGGCGAAAUAAAGAGCGUCCUGCUCAAGUGAGCUUUGUUUUAUGUACCCUUGCUGCGACUAACAUGGAUGAUCAAGAACUCACAGAAAGCAUCCAAAAGCUAUUAAUUGUCAUGCAAAGGCUGGAUGAAAAGAUUGCUCCCAUGCUAGAAGCAGAUGGAGAACUUUUCAACAGAAGGUGGGGGUUUCUUUCGCGUGCAGGUCUGUGGGACAAAAGCCACUUGAUGAGACAAAUUGAGAAGUAUGCAGAUAUAUAUACCUCUAGGGUCUCAAAUUUCCUAAACUAUACACCAUUUAUGUAUUUCAACUCACAGGAACAGACGCUGGCUCAUGAUUCAUAUUCACACUACCAGUCACAGCAUGGGAGUCAUGCGGAGGAGGAGCAAUUUCCAUUGUGAUGCUUACAAUUGCUACAGUCAUAUUUAAUCAUAUCAUGUAAUUGAUAAACAUUUUGGGGCGAAUGAUUGUGCAAAAAUCGCAUGAUGUUGGUAAAUACUUGUAUAAACCUGUGAUGAGAAUGAAAAACUUCCAUUUUCUUUUCUAA